UGACACCAAGUCAGGACUAAAACUUAGACGCACGCCACUCCCCUUCUCUCUCUUCUUUCUAUAUAAUCUCCCACGCACUCUCCUCCGAAUCCACCAUCCCCAUAACUCUUGCUUCCUCUCUCAAUCCAACCCCUGGAUACCUCGGCUUUGCUCUCUUUCUUUCUUGGCUUGGCUAUCUAAACGCACAAAUAACAACUUCUUCAAACAUAUGCCUAUACUUUUAAAUCAUUUGCCAUAGCUAGGCUCUAGCUGUGCCUUUAAUUACUUGUUGUUGGCAAACCUUAGGAAGAUGAUGGUUGAUAAAGAAGAUUUGGGUUUGAGCUUAAGCUUGAGUUUUCCUCAAAAUUACCAUUCUUUGCAGCUCAAUCUCAUGCCUUCGCUGGUCCCAUCUUCUGCUGAUUCUUUAAAACCCUCAUGGAAUAACACCUUUCCUUCUUCAGAUCCAAACUCUGAUUCGUGCCGCGCUGACACAAGAUCAUUUCUACGAGGAAUCGAUGUGAACAGUCUUCCAUCAACAGUCGAUUUCGAAGAAGAAGCGGGUGUCUCAUCCCCGAACAGCACGAUAUCGAGUGUAAGUGGAAAGCGAGGCGAAAGGGAAGGGAAUGGAGAGGAGCAGGAGACGGAGAGAGAUUGUUGUCGUGGAAUCAGCGAUGAGGAAGAUGGAGACACCUCAAGGAAGAAGCUCAGGCUCUCUAAAGAUCAGUCUGCUAUUCUUGAAGAAAGUUUCAAGGAACACAACACCCUUAAUCCAAAGCAAAAGUUGGCAUUGGCAAAGCAGCUGGGUCUUAGACCCAGACAAGUGGAGGUGUGGUUUCAGAACAGAAGGGCAAGGACCAAGUUGAAGCAGACAGAGGUUGACUGUGAGUUCUUGAAGAGAUGCUGUGAGAAUCUAACUGAAGAAAACAGACGGUUGCAAAAGGAAGUUCAGGAACUGAGAGCACUGAAACUUUCCCCACAGUUCUACAUGCAAAUGAACCCACCCACCACGCUCACCAUGUGCCCCUCAUGUGAGCGUGUUGCUGUCCCACCAGCCGCAUCAUCAACCGUUGGUCCCUCGCAUCCUCGCAUGGGUCCCACUCACCACCACAGGCCCAUCCCCAUUAACCCGUGGCCCCCAACAGCGCCAGCAGCCCUGUUUUAUGGCCUGCGUCCUCGGUCGUGAUUAAGAAUCAUAAACGAGGACAUUUUGGUCAUUAUAAGAAAUUAUUAAUGAUCCUAUAUUUAUGUUAGAAAAGAGGAGGUUGGAAAGUGUAAAAUAUGAAAGGGGCAGGAAAUAGUUGUAACAGCGUACCUCAUCUGCAUAUUUUAUCGUGUUAAAAUUCUUAGGUCUAAGGUAUGGUGGUGGUUAGGGUUGACUUGGUGGGUCUUCAUAUUUUGUAUUAUUGACCCAUCAAUCUCCUUUGAGAGGGGUUUGAGAUAUUAGUUUCAUCCUUUUUAGUGCUAAUUAAUACUGAUUAAUCCUUCUAUCUCCCCAAGCAAUACUUACUUCUGAGAUUAUGGGCAUGGAAGAGGAGUUGAUUUGAAUGUAAAGUGCAAAUGAGUCUCUAAUUAAUUAUAAUUUUUAACUCA